GAUAUGCCGUGUCGUCUGUGUUGUCAUUGUCAGUGUGUGCGUUGUUUGCAAGUUCAUUCUUUGCCCACUUUAUUAUUACAACUUGAGUAAAUUAAAUCUGUGGCACAAUAUUAACUUGAAUAGUACUAUUAUAUACUUCAUAUUUGUUCCUUGAACUCCCUUAUUGGAUUUCACUUGACUACGCUUUUUGGUCUGGCUAAUUUUAUAUACCGUACUAGGUCUGUUUCUUCAACCACAUUUUUGGCAUACCAAGAUUCGGCUCGUGUUGUUUACAAUAUGAACAAAUUUGACGUCAUCUCAUUGGCAGUAACAUGUAGAGAAAUCAAAACAUUUUAAUUUGUUUUGUUUUUUGGUGAUAAAGAAUUGAUAGUUGUAUCACCGUAAAUAUGAACCUGGGACCGACCAAUACUUAUAGAAAUGGUUUACUCUAUGCAGGAUUCAACCAAGAUCAAGGUUGUUUCGCAUGCGGAAUGGAGGAUGGAUUUCGGGUUUACAAUUGCGAUCCUCUAAAGGAGAAAGAACGCCAAGACUUUACAGACGGUGGUCUAAGUUAUGUCGAAAUGCUGUUUAGGUGUAAUUACCUUGCACUGGUUGGAGGGGGCCAACAUCCCAAGUAUCCUUCAAAUAAAGUUAUGGUUUGGGAUGACUUGAAAAAGCAAGCUGUGAUUUCGUUAGAAUUCAAUGCACCUGUGAAAGGAGUGCGGCUACGACGUGAUAGAAUUGUUGUCGUGCUAGAAGGAGUAAUCAAAGUGUACACCUUCACUCAAGCUCCUCAACAGCUGCACGUCUUCGAAACCAAUCCUAAUCCUAAAGGUCUGUGCGUGCUAUGUCCGAACAGUAACAACUCUCUGCUAGCGUUUCCGGGCCGGAAGACAGGGCACGUGCAAGUGGUCGACUUGGCCGACACGGAACGACCUCCACUCGACAUACCCGCCCAUGAGGCGCCACUCACCUGUAUAGCCCUCAAUCAGCAGGGAACUAGGCUAGCGACUGCUUCCGAAAAGGGAACAUUGAUUAGAGUAUUUGACACAUGUACGGGUGAUAAACUGAGCGAACUAAGAAGAGGAGCUAAUGGUGCACAAAUAUAUUGUAUAAAUUUCAACCAAGACUCGACGUGGCUGUGCGUGGCUAGUGACCAUGGUACUGUACACGUCUUUUCUGUUGAAGAUCAAAAACUGAACAAACAAUCAAGUCUAGCAUCAGCUACUUUCCUGCCCAAGUACUUCAGCUCGCACUGGAGUUUCUGCAAGUUCAACGUGCCGGGCGGACCGCACUGUAUGUGUGCAUUCGGUGCUGACGCCAACUCUGUCAUAGUUGUUUGCGCAGAUGGUAGCUACUACAAAUUCCUGUUCAACAGUAAAGGAGAGUGCUGGAGAGACGUUUACGCUCAAUUUUUGGAAAUGACUGACUCUCAUCCCAAUUGGUGAUUUAAACUACCAAGUGACCGCCAUUUUGAACCGAUAACUAGUAGUUAGCAUUGAGAGCUUCCGAGAUUGUUAAGUAUUUACACAUAAAGGUGCUCAACUGUUGUGUUCUCAGUGUGUGAACCUUUGUAUGUUAUUCGAAAAUAAUGAACAACGAAAAUGUUGUUCUCUGUGUGUGAGCCUUCAUAUGAAUCAAUCAUAUGUUUUAGAAAAGUAUAUGCAACUUGAAAGUUUUUCUGUUUGUGAACACUUCCAUCAGAAUGUAUAAGCUUGAAAAAUGUUUUCAACAGGAUAGAUGCUAUAAUUUCGUGUAGACUUCCAUUAGAUUGUACAGGUUUUAAAAGGAUUUUCAAAAAUAAUUUUCUGUAUGCACUUCCUUUGUUUGACCAUCUUUGUGUUAGCCUUUGUAUAAUCGUAUGUAAAUACAAAAUAAAGGCAACAAAAAAGUUGUCUUAUUUGUAGAUUUUCAUAAGAUUAUUCAGGCUUGAAAAGGUGGACAACCAAGCUUGUAUAAACUUUCUCUGUUUCGCCACCUUCAAAAUAUGAAUAACAAAAAAGUUUUGUUAUUCAAAAAAGGAUUUGAAUACAACAUGAAAGUUGUUUUUUUAGUAAAGACUCCCUUGCAGGUAACUGUGUAAGGUAACCUUCCCUGUGCAGGUAACCUUCUUUAUAAGACUUUCUUUACAAGAUUGUAUGGAGCUGACAAAAUAACUUGAACACUGAAAUUCAGUACAUAAUCUUCAAUAUGUUGAAAAUGCUGAAGAUAUAUUAUGUUGAUUAAAAUAUUUAUAUAGUUUGGGGUCCCAGAUUGACGUAGGCUACACUUAUUUGUUUGUUUUUAUAAUUGUCAUUUUACAUUUCGAAAGACUAAUAGUAAAAAUGUUAUUUCAACGGUUUUUUUGUAUGAACGCACAACCUUAUUGGUCAAAAACAAUGUUUUUAACAUUUUUCUUAUUUUUGAGUUAUUGGUUUUGCAAGUGAGGCGCGGAUUGUGAGUCUUCUACAAUCGAAGUUCAACGUUUCUUAGCAAUAGAAUUGUUUAAAUGAACAUUUUUCAUCAAUUUGUUUCAGUGACAAACAUUUAGCAGUUACCUGUCAGUAGUUUUUUCAGAUGUCAAUGAUUAAAAACAAGCUUUAUUUAUUUACUCAAUCUUUUAAUCCAGUUCAAUUGAUGCAGAAUGUUAUGACAUGAAUUUGUGAGAGGUAAUUUUCAUUUUAAAAAAAUGCCUAUGUAUUUGAAAAAAUUUUAUGUAAAGAUAUGAAUUGUAAACUUUUAAAGUCGGACUGAAUGUACAUGUGAUUCACUAAAAUAAUGUUCAAUAUAAAUCAUACAUUUUUGAGAAAUUAUUUAAACUUCACUUUAUUUUAUUUUCUAACUACAAAUUUAAUAAAAAUACAAUAUAAUAUAAUUUCAAUUUUACUGAUUACAAGCUAAAUGGGAAAUUAAGAUCAUAGAAGUUCCAAAACCUUUGAUUUUCCCAGAACGUUCAAUAAUUUAUUCCCAUUUCCUACAAUAUUGAUAGAAUUGUGAAAGAUUGAAUUUUAUUACCUAGGAACAAUAAUUAUUAUCACAUUAGAGAAUAUAUAUUGUAGAACAAUGCGUACUCCCAUUCUACUCAUAAAAUAGGCUGAUUUUUUUAUUUUAUAUAGAUAGGUUUUUAAUUUUAUGUAAUUUAUGUAAAUUCAUUCUUAUAAAGAAUUGCUUCAUUUUGGAACAUUGAGGUAAUCCUUGUUCUCAAAGAUUAAAUUAUAUAAGUUUAUUUUUACCUUGUUGAAAUGCUCUAGAAGUUGUUGAUUUAUGUAUUAGAUUAUUUUUCUUUGUUUAUUUUAUUUUUACAUUCUCGUGACUGAUUUUAAAAUUAUGAACUAUAACUACAAUAAUGUCAUAAUCACCAUUUCGUUCCUCAAACUUACCUAGCUCCACUCAUCUGCAAAACUUGUUUUUAGGGAAUAUUGAAAUGAUUAAUUUUUUAAGGAAAAUUCAAUUCAAUGUGUUUUAAGGCUGUGCAAAGGCUAAAAAUUAACUUUCUACUGGUGAUAUUUUUCAAAGUUUUCCUAUUUGUAUAUCAUCAAGCUAUCAAAAUGAAAAAGUUUUCUCAGGAAAACAUUUUUUUCCGAUCAUUACUUUUUGAGAUAUGAGCGCCUAAUGUUUACAUUUUUGGAACAGAACAUUUCAAAUUCGGUAAGAGAUAAAUCCAUGCGAUUCAGAGGAUUGAUUCUUCAAGUUAUUGUUGAUCUAGUAAAACAAAAUUUUUUUGAAGAUAUUAAUUUUUCUUCUUCUUCUUCUUCUUCUUUCAAACAGGGAUUAGGCUAUUGCCUGUUCCGACUCACAUUCAGCUUGUAAUUAGAAUAAAAUAAAAAUAUAUAUAUAUAAAUUAAUACAUUAAUUUUUGAUAAAGUUAUUAGAUUUACAAAAAAUGACCAAAAAUAACUUUAAAAAAAGUUAUUUUUAGUAAAUUUGAUAACUUUAUCAAAAAUUAAUAUCUUCAGAAAAUUUUUGUUUUACUAGAUCAACAAUAGCUUGAAGAAUCAAUCCUCUGAAUCUCAUGGAUUUAUCUCUUACCGAAUUUGAAAUGUUCUGUUCCAAAAAUGUAAACAUUAGGCGCUCAUUUCUCAAAAAGUAAUGAUCGGAAAAAAUGUUUUCCUGAGAAAACUUUUUCAUUUUGAUAGCUCGAUGAUAUACAAAUCGAAAAACUUUGAAAAAUAUCACCAGUAGAAAGUUUAUCUUUAGCUUUUGCACAGCCUUAACCAAGCAGUGCUCUUUAUUGUGCUACAGCGGUUUCUUGAAACAUUCUAGACUUGGUCUAAGAUGACUGAAAUCUAUUGCUAGACUAUUAGAUUUCUGAGCUUAGAAGAUGCAUUUUCAAUUAAUUUAUCAAAACUCAAAAAUUAUUAUAUCGUAAAAUUAUUUCAUAACCUACUAUAAAUUUUCAAAUAUCCAUACAGUGAUACCCUUCUAUCACAUAGAUUAAUAUUUAUUGGUAAAGUUUGGUUACAUCAAUUUUUUUUUAAUUAUGAGAGUAAAUUAUGUUGAAGAUUUAUUAUUUUGAAAAGUAGGUACAGUUGGAUUAAUAAUUGUUAUCUUUCGUAACACUUAUUUCUACAGGGACUCAUACUUAUCUAUCAUUCUUCUUUCAAGAACUGACUAGAAUAGUUUAAAAAAUUGUAAAUAAAGCCUAUUGGUGAUCAUAUGAGA